AAACCGUUCGCAGCAAAGCGGGGCUCGACAGGGAGCGUCUGGGAGGAAGUCGCGAAGGGUGUUUCAAGCGCAAUUAAAGUCCAGCUCAACGCCAAGCAGGUUCGCGACCGCCUGAAUCUUCUCGAGGCCAAGUUCAAGGCGGACGAGUUGUGCUCUUCUCGCGCAAGUGAUGUUGAGGAAGCACUGCAUGCUGUUAACGUGCAAAGUCAAUACGACGACCUUGACGGGCUGGUCCGAGGUUACGAUGACCUGAAGCGCGCCUACAAGGACAAGAGAAGCGCAAAAAAGGCAGCGAAGGAGAAAAAAGAGGUCCUUGCUAGU